GUAUAUUUAUUGUAUUUUCUGAAAGUACAAUAUUAUACCGCGAUUUUCCUGUUCCUCAAAUAGUAUCAGUUUGGUGUUUUUAGUAGCACAUCUGCUUCUGUGUAAUAGAUCCGAAAUUGUGUCGGCAAGUCGCGGAAAUCAACACCAGUAAUUCUUUUCCACUUGUUAUUAUGGACCAAUUAUAAAGUUUUUGAUAAAAAAAAUUCCAGUUUCCAAAUCAAACUCAAUACUUUUAUUAGUAUACAGCUACAUGGGGAGAGGAAAACGGUUUAAUUCCUUAUUUGUGUUGUUCAAUAUUUCAGUUUAUCUUAUGUCAGUCUAUGUUGGCUGCCGGUAUCGCUUGAAAGAGUUGGAUGUGAACCGUUGCGUGCAGAAUGGGAGAUGUACUUGCCUUGCCCGACUACAUUUCCUACACUGCGAUCUGGUUUCUCGUUGGAGUAAUAUGCAGCACCAUCAUACUGGUCAUCUUUUUCCUCUACAUUACAAAGAGAGCUUGUUUCAGAGAAUGCGAAGGAUGUGAUCGAUUUUUACAACCUGGGUAUCAAAGAGCUGGAGAAGGAUUAUCUCGAUCUUUCGAUGACUCCGACAGCGAUUCGUCCGUUGACAGCGCCGAAGAAACCAUGAAAACAAUAAGAAAGUCUAUCAGGAAAUCACAGUCAAUUCGUGGAAGCAGAGAUACACUCAAUUCUAUAAGAUCGGUAGAUUCAAAGUCGACCGUUGGCUCUGAAAAAAUGAGAGAUUUAGAAGUUGAAGAUGAGACGCACCGUUCACCUGCUUCACCAAGAUUGGGAUCUCCAGUUAUUGUUCUCACAACACCUCCGCGAGAAGACGAUCUAAACUAUGAAAGGAAAGAAGAAUAUUCCCCUGAAUAUACUACAGAAAGAGAAGCUGAAGAACGACGAAAAACUAUAUCAGGACCAACAUCUCGAGUCAUCCACGAAGUCGAUACAUUUGAUUUUCCCGAGAACGAAGCUUCGACAUCGCAAUAUCAAGGAAGAGCAACUAUGGGUAGUUUGAGAGAAUUUUCAAGAAAGCAAGCGAUACGAAAAAGUCCUCGAACGAGUCCAAGUUUAUCAUCUAGAAGUAACAAGUCACUAGCAACUUCCUACACUAGUUCGAAAUGGGGUCUUGGAGACGAAGAAAGUUUGUACAGGGAAGAACACAUAGCUUCCGCACUUCGGGAAUCAAGGGGUGAAGAUGAGCUGGCGAUGGCGCGGGAGGCAUCAAGGGACGCGGUUCGUCCUAUUGGUGAACUUGAUGACGAAGACGAAGAAAUGGAAGCACAUGCAGCUGAACCAAUUUCUGCAUGUGGAACGUUAGAUGUUGGAGUCCAAUAUUCUGUAUCGGAUAGUAAAUUGCAGGUCACUAUUAUCGAAGCUCAUGAUUUACCUUCAAAAGCGAGAGGAGGGUCGAGUUUUGUACAGGUUCGAACGGUGUUACUACCAACAAAGAAAAAGAAAUAUAAAACGAAAGUUCAACACAUCAGUUCACCAAGAUUUGCAGAGACAUUUAAACUAACAAGAGCUUCACCUGAAGAUUUAAGGGGACUUGCAUUACGAUUGAGAAUGUAUGGCAUAGGGAAGCUUAAAGAUCGUCUGAUUGGAGAAGCGGUCAUUAGAUUUGAUGAAUUAAAUCUGAUUCGAGAUCCUCAACUAACAGUCCAACUUCAACUUGAACCAAGAACAAAUAUAAAUCGUGUCGAUUCUGAUACUUCACUUUCGAAUAUCGAUAGUCGGUCUUCAUCAAUGAUGAGUUUAUCUCACGGUGGAAGUCCACCAGAACUACUCGUAGGAUUGUCGUACAAUCCACCAACUGGUCGAUUAUGCGUCGAAGUUAUAAAAGGAUCUCACUUCCGAAAUUUAGCAAUGACGAAGCCCCCAGAUACUUUCGUGAAAUUAUCUUUAUUAAAUUCUGCUUGCCAAGAAAUGUCGCAAAGUAAAACAACGAUAAGACGAGGACAACCGAAUCCUGUUUUCAAAGAAACCUUCUUUUUCCAGGUCGCAUUAUUCCAACUAGGCGAAGUAACGUUAAUGGUGAGCGUCUAUAACAAACGAACUAUUAAGAAAAAAGAAAUGAUCGGCUGGGUUUCGAUGGGACGAAACAGUAGUAGCGAACCCGAUGAACAACAUUGGCAAGAAAUGAAAGAAGGAAAAGGACAACAAGUUUGCCGAUGGCAUACACUUAUUGACACGUGAUCUUGCUGCUGUGGUUGUAUUUACGUACCAUCUCAUGUCACAUUGAUAUGGUAUCUUUCUUAUACACGUCAUCAUAUAUAUCUAUAUAUGAGAUGUCCGACAUUUCAUAAUAGCAUACAAGGUUAAGAUUCGCAUAUUUAUUCCGGAGGAGAUGAAAGCCGUUAGAACGGCCUAAUCAUAUGGCGAAUCACGGCCUCUCGUCCAGUUACCAGUCUAUGCCGGGUAUGCAUGAA